AAUGCAGCAACGUAUUUGAUUCAGGCACCCCCAAUCCCAUCUCACUCAACUUAUUUUCAUUUCCAUCAUUUGAAAAUCCCCUGUGUUUCAGAGACUCUACACACCAAAUGUUAUACAUAUAUAAAUCAAUAUAUCAGAAUUAUAUAAGUUUGUGAUAUAAAAAUUAGUUAUAAUAUCAUAUAUUUAUUAUGUCAUUAUCUAAGCUCUAUGCAUCAAGAUCCUAUUUUUCCAAAACCCUCACCAAUUCCAGGUGUUUAUCAGAAGUUACACAAAGUAGAUAUUAUUUUGCGGCAGCGGGUAGUUAUAGACAUAACCAAUGCCAUUCUAUGAAAAACGUUUCGCACUUGGGAAUCGGGUAUUUGAAGAGACCUUAUUAUCUAUCGGGUUGUGGACGCCGUUAUUCUACCAAUGUCAUUACAGAACGGAAAUCUAGAAAGAUGCUUUAUUACUUGACGGGUUUGGUGUUUGCGAUGGUGGGAUGUACGUAUGCUUCGGUUCCUUUAUAUAGACGGUUUUGCCAAGCUACGGGUUAUGGAGGUACUGUUCAACGUCGUGAGACUGUAGAAGAAAAGAUAUUGCGACAUUCUCAAGAUGGAACCGUCACCAAAAGGGAGAUUGUUGUGCACUUUAAUGCUGAUGUGUCUGAUGGAAUGCCUUGGAAGUUUACUCCUACUCAACGAGAGGUGAGAGUAAAGCCAGGAGAGAGUGCUCUUGCUUUUUAUACUGCUGAAAAUCGUAGUUCAACUCCUAUAACAGGAAUGUCUACAUAUAAUGUUACGCCCAUGAAGGCUGCAGUUUAUUUUAACAAAAUACAGUGCUUCUGCUUUGAGGAGCAGCGUCUUCUUCCAGGCGAGCAGAUUGACAUGCCAGUGUUCUUUUACAUAGACCCAGAAUUCGAAACGGAUCCUAGGAUGAAUGGCAUCGAUAAUAUUAUACUCUCGUAUACAUUCUUCAAGAUUGCAGAAGAUAGGUUAUAAUCAUUUCAACUCUGAAUUUGAUUACCUUACAACAUGUGUUUUUCAAAGUUUGUUGUCUUCAUCCAUUGUAAUCACAUACCCACACUUGUACGAUGAACUCUGAUUCCUACUGAUCAAGUUUUGCUUAUUAACUUGACAUAUGUGGCUGUGAAGAUCAUUGAGAAUAAGCAUGACAAAAGUUUUUAUA